AUGCAAACUAUUAGAGAAUUAGUUGACUACGCUCCAAUAGCAGAGGAUAUUGGUAAAUCAUUCAUAAUUGGCUAUGGUGCAGGCACUGCUUGCGGUCUUGUUGUUGGAUUCAGCCGUAAUCACGACAAUCUUCCUUUAAUUACAUUAAAUGACACAUUAAAUUGCAUCGAAAAGUACUCUGGCGAGUUUGGUUAUACAUUUGGCAUUGCAGCUGGUCUCCACACAUUAUCUUGUCAAUUAUCAAAGAAUCUUAAACCAAUCCAGAAGCACGCAAUUGCUGGUGGUGUUGCCGGAACAUUCAUCGGUUCUCACUGGGGAAUGAAAGGAGCCAUUGGCGGCGGAGUUGUUGGUGCAGCCCUUGGUGCUGGUUAUGGAUAUGCCUCAACCAACCCAGAACUUCUUAAGUACUUUACAAAAUAA